UCGUCACGCUCUUUUGUCUCAGUCGGCAGAGACUGAAAGCAACCGCGGCUGCCCGGAGGGCCGAACUGGAGGGUGGGCGCAGCCUUGGCUGCCUUGGGAACCGUGCUGCCUCGACUCGGCUACCCCUCGCUGGGCGGCUGUGCGCACUCGCUAGGUCGGGCAGCCCCGGGUCGCUUAGCGGCCGAGGAGGCGCCAGAGAUCCCGUUCCCCUGCAGAGCUACGGGGACCGGAAGACGAAACAGAGCUGUGGACGCGGGAGCACAUGCUGCCCACCAGUGGAGCACAGGUCAUCAAAGCCGAAUCCGAACUUGAAUACGGUGCGGCGGAUUGCAGAGCUGUCUUGAGGCCCUGAGGACUGGGAUCUGCGACCCCCAGUGGACAAAAGUCGGCCGUACCCCAGAGGCUAAUUUUCUCACGGCGGGCACCUGUUGCAGAGGCUGCAAGUAAAAUAAAGAAUCCCUACUGAAAUACAAGGCAGGCACAGCCCAGGAACGUUGCUUUGGAGAAUCCUGCAGAUAAGGCUUUUCCAAAAAGCACGAGCAUCUUGUUGUAUUCAGAUACCCUAUCGUCGUCAGUCAUGGCUAGCAUCAUUGCGCGUGUGGGUAACAGCAGGCAGCAGAAUGCACCUUUGCCGCCUUGGGCCCAUUCCAUGUUGAGGUCUCUGGGGAGGAGUCUCGGUCCUUUAGUGGUCAAAAUGGCAGAGAGAAACACGAAGUUGUUCUCGGGAAGAGUGGUGCCAGCCCAGGGGAAAGAAACCUUUGAAAACUGGCUGAUCCAAGUCAAUGGGGUCCUGCCAGAUUGGAGUAUGUCUGAGGAGGAAAAACUCAAGCGCUUGAUGAAAACACUUAGGGGCCCUGCCCGGGAGGUCAUGCGUUUGCUUCAGGCGGCCAACCCCAACCUAAGUGUAGCAGAUUUCUUGCGGGCAAUGAAAUUGGUGUUUGGGGAGUCUGAAAGCAGUGUGACUGCCCAUGGUAAAUUUUUUAACACCCUGCAGGCACAAGGGGAGAAAGCCUCCCUUUAUGUGAUCCGUUUAGAGGUGCAGCUCCAGAAUGCUAUUCAGGCAGGCAUCCUAGCUGAGAAAGAUGCAAACCAGACUCGCUUGCAACAGCUUCUUUUAGGAGCUGAGCUGAGUAGGGACCUGCGCUUCAGGCUUAAGCAUCUUCUCAGGAUGUAUGCAAAUGAGCAGGAGCGGCUUCCCAAUUUCCUGGAGUUAAUCAAGAUGAUAAGGGAGGAAGAGGAUUGGGAUGAUGCUUUUAUUAAACGGAAGCGGCCGAAAAGGUCUGAGCCAAUAAUGGAGAGGGCAGCCAGCCCUGUGGCAUUUCAGGGCGCCCAGCCAAUAGCAAUCAGCAGUGCUGACUGUAACUGCAACGUGAUAGAAAUAGAUGAUACCCUUGAUGACUCCGAUGAGGAUGUGAUCCUGGUGGCGUCCCUGGACCCUCCACUGACACCCACAGGUGCUCCUCCCUUCAGAGGAAGAGCCAGACCUCUGGAUCAAGUGCUGGUUAUUGAUUCCCCCAACAAUUCUGGGGCUCAGUCUGUUUCUACCAGUGGUGGUUCUGGGUAUAAGAAUGAUGGUCCUGGGAAUAUUCGUAGAGCCAGGAAGCGAAAAUACACAACCUGCUGUUCAUAUUGUGGUGAGGAGGGCCACUCAAAAGAAACCUGUGACAAUGAGAGCAACAAGGCCCAGGUUUUUGAGAAUCUGAUCAUCACCCUGCAGGAGCUGACACAUACAGAGGAGAGGUCAAAAGAGGUCCCUGGAGAACACAGUGAUGCUUCUGAGCCACAGUAAGGAUCUAGUCCAGCCCUAAAUGAGUCAACUGUAUUCAGAGUCUGGUAAUGGGAAUAACAGGAGAGGGGGGUGGGUUUCUAACUGCAUGAGUUAAUCCACAAAGCAGUUUUCCUUUGGGAAGAAGAGGUCUUGCAUAGCAGCACAGUGGAUGGGGAAUGGUGUGACCUCUGUCCCUGCUCUCUUCUCUGCUGGCUUAAGGGUCUAUUCUCCAUGUGUCUAUUUCUUUGAUGACUUUAUAAUUUUUAUGAAAGGAGCAUCUUUUCAUUAAACCUUCAAAAAUAAAGGAAGAUACAAAAACUAAAGUACAAAUUACCUGAAACUCAGCACCCUUUUGUAACUAUUGUCAGCCCUUUGGUGAAUGUCCUUCCAGAUAUCUCCCUGCACCUGUGUACCCAGAUAGAUAUAUGUAUAGAUAAGAGUGAUCAAAUAUAAGUGCUGUUCUAUACUGUGUAUUCUUCACCAAAUAAUAUAUCUCGUGGACUUCUAUGUCAAUGAAUAUAUAUAAAUAUCUAA